AUGAAUAUGUUAGAUGAUGAUGAUGACCAAAGCUUUCACGCUACGCGUGACGGCUACUCCCAUUUGAGCGAUGUCGAAUGGGAUGCGGUUGAACGGAUGGGUUCAACCAUGGGCAUCCAUGCUGUUAGCGUCAUGCUAGAGGCUCUCAAUAGAGAUGCCCAACAUGCUAAUGGCGCCAAGUUCAUUCAAAAUGAACUUGACGCUGAACGCGAGAAAGUAGCCUUGCUUCACCAACAAGGUUCUCAACAAGCAGAGUUGUUGAGAGAACAGGGUGCUCAACAGUUUGAACUAUUGAGACAGCAGCAGGCUGCUGCUGGUGGGUCGAUGCACUCGCGUCGACCCGAGACUUUGAAGAUUGACAUCUCUAAGUAUAGGAGAGUCGAAGAGGACUCCCUCUUGAGAUGGUUUGUCGAAUUAGACGACGCCAUAAGGGCGCGUCGCAUCGACGAUGGGGAAAUGCAAGUUGCAUUUGCCCAAUCAAAUCUGGCAGGACGUGCCAAGACUUGA